GCCACACCGGAGAUGGAGGGGCCCAACAUGUGCGCGCUGCUUUCAUCAUGUUUCACUACCACAGAGUUGUGACAGUGGCAGACAGACCUUUUGGACGAGGAGGUGACUGAGUUCGUAAACCAGUCCUCAGUCGAGUCAGUAGUGUUCAAACAGUUAACACCACCGUGCUGUUUUGGAAAUUGCCGUGUUCUACUUCGACAUCAAGAGUAAACAUGGCAAAAGUUAACAGCGGCGCGUCUAGCUGCAGAGCCAUGGUCAUGGCCGGGCAGCUUUUGUCCAAGCCCUCGCCACUGUGCCAGCAAAAUGACCGACAUCAGAGAUUCCUGAAACUUCAACGCAGAAUGAUGGCCACCAACGCCGCCGGACGAGGCAGCAGAAUCACGGCCCUAGCCCAACCAGAGAUGCCCAGCACUGUGCUGCUGGACCGCCAUGGUGUGUCAAACCGAGCGCUUAUCUACCGGGACGUCAGGGCGUUUCUCAAUGAAGUUGGAGGGGAUCCCAGAGAAGCCCGUUACUGGCUCACACAGUUUCAGAGAGCAAGUCUCUCACAAGCGCCUGCGUUUGCGGUGUUGGAGGUGGAUGAGUCUGUGCUGGAGGACCGUGAGAUGCUGCAGAGCCUGGCCUUCGGGCUCUCCUUCCUGCAGCGGAUGGAUAUGAAGCCGGUGGUGGUGAUGGGGCUGCGGGGGGGCAGUGGUGAUGGUGGUGGGGUGGCGGAGGGAGACGCAGACGGAGAGGCCCGGGCGGGGCUGGUGAGGCGGUGCCAGGGGCUGACGGAGGUUCUGCAGAACAACUCGGCCAGCGUCAUGCCGUUCUUCAGCGCAGAGGCCCUGCUACGCGUGGAGAUGCCUCAGGGCAAUAGUGCCAGUUCUGCUUCGAUCUCUGUGGAUGUGGACCUGCUUCAGUGGAGCCUGGACUGCAGUGCCAUCCCCUUGCUGUGUCCGGUGGGUCGUGACGGCUCGGGUCGCUCCGUGCUGCUGGACUCGGUGGAGGUGACGGCGGCCGUGUCCAGAGCUCUACAGCCCCUCAAAGUCAUGUUCCUCAACAAGCACGGAGGCCUGCGCUGCCACACCAGCAAGGUGCUGGACUCGGUGUCCUUGCCGGGUGAUCUGCCGGUGUUGUCGGAGGCGUCCUGGCUGACGGUGGUGGAGCGGCGGCAGGUGUGUGCCAUCGCCCGGCUGCUCAACCAGCUGCCCGCCGAGUCCUCUGCCGUGGUCACCUCCGCCAGCACCCUCCUCACGGAGCUCUUCAGUCACAGAGGUUCUGGGACAUUGUUUAAAAAUGGAGACCCCAUUCACAAGUACAGCAGCCUGGAUGAGAUUGACCUGGACCGCCUCCUGUUGCUCAUCAACAAGUCGUUUGGCAAGACCCUGAAGGAAGACUACAUCGCUUCCCUCAGGGGACGCCUGCACUCCAUAUACCUCUCAGAGGGGUACAGUGCCGCAGCCAUUAUCACCAGGGAGAGUGUGAGCAGUGGCACGCCCUACCUGGACAAGUUUGUGGUGAGCAGCAGCAAGCAGGGCCAGGGUACGAGUCAGGUGCUGUGGGAGUGUGUCCGCCAGGACCUGGGCACGCUCUUCUGGAGGUCCCGCGCCUCCAACCGCAUCAACCCAUGGUACUUCAAGCACUGUGACGGCAGCUUCGCGAAUGGCAGCUGGACCGUGUUCUGGUUUGGCCUUUCGGACAUUCGGGACUCGUACGAGCUGGUGGAGUAUGCCAAGCGCAUGCCAGACUCCUUCCACCCCUCCGACUGCCAGGCCACCACCAUGGCUAUGGAGCCCCCGCCUGGCUCAUGAGGAGAGGGGGGAGGAGGAGGAGGUGGAGGCGGAGGGAGAUAAGG